AUGGCCGACCCCUACCAGAACAACGUGUACCACCAAGGAGGCGGUGACAGCUAUGGGACGUACGGAGAAGGCGGCGGCCAUGAUGGAUACGGAUACCAGGCGGACUACCCUCCUCAGGAAGAGGACGCGGCGAGCGACGUGACCGAAGGACACGAUGAAGAGGAUCAGAUGUACGAAGGAGAAUAUCAGGGGAUCCCUCAUCCGGACGAGGUGAAAGCUGCACAGAGAGCUGCACGGACUAAAUCUCGAACAACCGGCAGCGCUGCCUCUGAGCUGCAGGAGUUAUCCGAGCAGUACGAGGACAUCAUGGAGGACUGUGGUCACGGGAGGUUCCAGUGGACGCUCUUCAUCGUGCUCGGUCUCGCUCUGAUGGCCGACGGCGUCGAGUGUUUUGUGGUCGCGUUCGUUUUGCCGUCCGCAGAAAAGGAUCUGUGCCUGUCCAACGCGGAGAAAGGAAUGCUGGGUCUGGUGGUCUUCCUCAGCAUGAUGGUGGGGGCCUUCCUGUGGGGAGGUCUGGCAGACAAAGUGGGCCGUCGGCGCUGUCUGAUCGUGGCGUUGGCGAUAAACUGCGUCUUUGCCUUCCUGUCGUCGUUCGCUCAGGGCUACGGCUUUUUCCUCUUCUUCAGGCUGCUGUCUGGCAUCGGUAUCGGCGGUACGGUGCCGAUCGUGUACUCGUACUUCUCCGAGUUUCUUCAGAUGGACAAGCGAGGAGAACAUCUGUCCUGGUUGUGUAUGUUCUGGAUGAUCGGUGGCAUCUACGCUUCCUUCACUGCCUGGGGAAUCAUUCCCAGAUACGGUUGGGGCUUCAGUAUGGGCACAGAGUUCCAGUUCCACAGCUGGCGGGUCUUCGUCCUGGUCGCAGCUCUUCCUGCGAUCGCCUCCCUGGUCGGACUCACCUUCAUGCCUGAGAGUCCUCGCUUCCUGCUGGAGAAUGCCAAACACGAUGAGGCCUGGAUGAUCCUGAAGCAUGUCCACGACACCAACUGGAGAGCCAAAGGGCAGCCAGAGAAAGUCUUCACUGUGACUAACAUCAAAGCUCCGAAGACGGCCGAGGACGAGUUCAUCGAGAUCCAGAGCGCGACGGGAACGCCCGUCCAGCGCUGGGCUGUUCGCUCUCUGACGCUCUGCAAACUGGUACAAACUGACACACAACACCAGCU